AUGGCCAUGAAAAGUCAUGUGAUCAAAAUUGCAGAGGUGCCGAACGAAGGAAGCUGCAAAGUAAUGUGUUUGAUGGAGCCUAAUUGUGUGUCCAUCAAUGUUGGACCUGUUGUAGGAGGAAACCAAAAAUGCGAGUUGAAUAACGCCACGGAGGAAAAUGCUCCAUUUCUUCUCGUGAACAAUCUGAGUUACACAUAUCUUGCAAUCGAGGUUUUCGUUGUGUCUGUCGGGAAAGAUUCACUGGAGAAACCUGCCAAGUUGAAGGUGAAAUGGCUGGAUUUCAGAAGGAACUGCGCAGAAAUCUACAAAUCGGGUAAACGAAUUGACGGCGUGUACACCAUCAAACCUGAUAAUUUGCCUGCCUUUGAUGUAUUCUGUGACCAAACAACAGCCGGUGGUGGGUGGGCAGUGUUCCAGAAAAGACUGAACGGCUCAGUUGAUUUCUACCGCUACUGGAAUGACUACAAACAUGGUUUUGGUGACCUGAAAAGUGAAUUUUGGUUGGGACUGGACAAGAUUCACCGGCUGACCUCAGAUAAUAACAGCAUGCUGCGUGUGGACUUGGAAGACUUUGAAGGGAACACUAGAUAUGCUGAGUAUAACAUGUUUGGUGUUAUGAGUGAGAAAGACAAGUACAAGCUGCUCCUUGGUUCUUAUUCAGGAAAUUCUGGUGACUCUCUUGCUUAUCAUCACGGUUUGCCAUUCACCACUAGAGAUCAAGAUAAUGAUCUUUUACUGGCCAACUGCGCCAUUAAGUACAAAGGAGCCUGGUGGUACAAGCGGUGUCUUUAUUCAAAUCUCAAUGGUCUAUAUCUUCGUGGGAAUCACUCCUCCUUUGCUGAUGGUGUGAACUGGUUUUACUGGAAAGGAUAUAAAUACUCUCUAAAAAAAACCGAGAUGAAAAUAAGACCAGUGGAUUUCUGA